AUGAGCUCCUCCACUACAGGCAGUUCUGGCACCGACCUGAGCUGGUUGCCUUGUGACGCAGAAGAGCAACUCGCCCUUGGAUUCCGCAUCGUAUCGAACGCCUACAAGACGCGCGUCCACACACAGGAGGCCGAAAUCCGCUCUCUGAAGGCGCAAGUGGCCGAAAAGAAUGAACAAGUAAGCUCGCUGCAAAAGAAGCACAGCUCGCUCGAGGUGCAGCUUAUCGAAGCGACGCAGCGCGGAAAUCAACUCGCCGAAGAAAACAAGCAGCUCGUGGCCACGAUCAAGAGGCUGCACAGAGACAUUCUGCGCCUGGAGAGUUUGAAGAAGGCCGUGUUGAACUCGAUUCAGGAAGACCACUCCGACGCCGACGAAUCUUCGCACAAAUACUACGCUCCUGAGGACAUGCUCCAGACGGCCGCGCCUCGCACGAUGUCAGAGAUCAACGGAGUGGAUGACAUGGGCAGUGCCUUCCUCAGCAAACUGAACUCGACCGAUGCUCCCUUCCUCACGCCUUCCAGUCACCCCGCGGGCGCUGUGCUGACGCCGAAUACUGCUGAGACGAAGCCAGUUGACGGAAAAGUCUUCUUCAGAAACGCGCGGAGCCGCAUGUCGUAUGAGAACUUUAACCUCUUUCUCGCCAACAUCAAGAAGCUGAACAGCCACCAACAAGACCGCGAAGAGACGCUACGAAACGCGCAGAGACUCUUUGGCGAAAACAACCGCGAUCUGUAUGAGGAGUUCAAGGUGAUGAUCAACCGCCACCCGUGA